AUGGAGGUCUAUUACGGCAUGGGACUGCACACGAAACAGCUUGAUGGACACAGCGACUUGAAGAUUCUAGCUUUCGAGUGGCUUUGGAUCGCUCAACUUCUGUACAAGUUCGCAAACGGCAUGACCAAGAUAACUAUUGUCCUUUUAUACCUGAGGAUCUUUCCUACCCGAAACUUCAAGAUCCUAUCCUGGACUGUCAUCGGGUACGUGGUGGCAUACUGCACCGCAGCAGUGUGCACAAGUAUCUGGCAAUGCGACCCGGUUUCAAAAGCGUGGAAGAAAACUCUGCCGGGUCACUGCAUCGAUAUCGGAAAGUUGUGGUACGCCAACUCGGUGUUGACAAUUGUCGCCGACCUGAUUCUCAUCGCCAUGCCUGUCAAUCAAAUUGUCAGACUGAAAUUGCCAAUGUCGCAGAAACUGGGGUUGAUCUUUGUCUUCAGUCUCGGCGUAUUCGUCAUGGCAUGUACCAUCAUCCGAUGUGUUAUGCUCGGUCCGACUACUUCUCAAAAGGACUCGGUUUACUACCAAGCCCAAUCCAACAGCUGGACGUUCCUCGAGGUCGAUGUGUCCAUCAUCUGCGCCGCCCUACCCAUUCUGAAAAGUCCGCUUCAGCGCCUCCUCCCUCAGAUAUUCGGAAUCAAAUCGUCUUCCGCUAAAUCUGAAGGCUACUACAAAGGGAACGCCCAAAAACUGAGUGGCAGGGGCUCGGCUAUUCCCAUGAACAACCGCGCUGGGCGUCCGAAGGGUCCCUACAGCGAUGCGGCAAGCGAUGAAGAACAGAUCCUAGAAUCCAGCGGCGGAAUCAUGAAGACAACCAAGGUCACAUUGGAGUACGAAGAGGCGGAAAUAAGCAAAGGUCUUGCGAACAGGAAGCCCAACCAUGGAACAUUCGACUUUGGGCUCGAGAACUAA